ACGCUGGUAGACAUGGACAUGGCAGACUACAGCGAGGCUCUGGACCCAGCCUAUACCACGCUGGAGUUUGAAAACAUGCAAGUGCUCCCUUUGGGCACAGACUCCUCACCGGCUGAAAGCACCAACAUGAGCGCCACUGGCCACCUGGCAGCAGGCAGCUUGUGUGCCAUUUGUGGUGACAGAGCUACCGGCAAACACUACGGAGCCUCCAGCUGCGACGGCUGCAAGGGCUUCUUCAGACGCAGCGUUCGCAAAAACCACAUGUAUUCGUGCAGGUUCAACAGACAAUGUAUUGUGGACAAAGACAAGCGGAAUCAAUGCAGAUACUGCCGACUCAAGAAAUGCUUUAGAGCUGGCAUGAAGAAAGAAGCUGUACAGAAUGAAAGAGACAGAAUCAGCACCAGGAGAUCCAGCUAUGAAGACAGCAGUUUACCCUCCAUCAAUGCACUCAUCCAGGCAGACGUACUUUCAAGACAGAUCACAUCUCCUGCUCCUAUACUGAACGGCGACAUCAGGACUAAAAAGAUCGCCACCAUCACAGAUGUGUGUGAAUCCAUGAAACAGCAGCUGUUGGUCUUAGUGGAGUGGGCCAAGUACAUCCCAGCCUUCUGUGACCUGCCCCUGGAUGACCAGGUGGCAUUGCUGCGAGCUCAUGCAGGAGAACAUCUUCUGCUCGGUGCUGCAAAGAGGUCCAUGCUAUACAAAGAUAUUCUUCUGUUAGGAAACGACCACAUCAUUCCCAGAAACUGCCCAGAGUUGGAGGUAGGCAGGGUAGCAGUGAGAAUCCUGGAUGAGCUAGUGCUUCCCUUCCAGGAGCUGCAGAUAGAUGACAAUGAAUACGCCUGCUUGAAGGCCAUAGUUUUCUUUGACCCAGAUGCUAAAGGUCUGAGUGACCCCGUGAAGAUCAAGCGAAUGCGGUAUCAGGUCCAGGUCAGCCUGGAGGACUACAUAAACGACAGGCAGUAUGACUCUCGAGGCCGCUUCGGUGAGCUGCUCCUGCUGCUGCCAACGCUACAGAGCAUCACCUGGCAAAUGAUCGAACAGAUCCAGUUUGUCAAGCUUUUUGGCAUGGCCAAGAUUGACAACCUGCUACAAGAAAUGCUUCUUGGAGGUUCUGCUAAUGAAGCUCCACAUGCACCUCACUCUCUGCACCCGCACCUGGUUCAGGAGCACCUCAGCAGCAAUGUUAUAGUAGCCAGCAGCAUGCCAACGCCAAUCCACAAUGGUCAAAUCUCCACUCCUGAAACCCCAAUCCCAUCUCCACCUACUGCCUCCAGCUCAGAACAUUAUAAAAUGGCUCAGGGGGUCAUAGCAACGGUGCCCAAGCAGCCGACCUCCAUCCCUCAGCCUACCAUUACAAAGCAAGAGGCCAUCUAA